AUGUUGCAGCUUAGCUCUAACGCGCAUUUUCAUUUUGAGCUUCUCCGUAUCCUUGCGACAGCCAGAUCUUACGGAGCAGAUGUAGCAGAAGUUCUCCGAGUCUGCCAGCGCAUCAAGCCUGGGGAUUUCGAGAGUUGGUACGAGGAGUUUCGACGGCUCGCGGACUGGGCAGAAUCGACGGUUGGCGCCGAGAGCGAACACGACAGAGUGACGCUGAGGGACGCCUACUUUCGGAUAUCCAGAUAUCAUUUCGCCUCUACUUUUUUCCUUGACGGCAAUCGAUCCGACCCCCGGUUGGCAGAAAGCUACCGACUCUGGAAGUCCUACUUCGACAAGGCGGCAAGUCUGCUCGCCAUCCCUGCACAGCGCCACACUCUGGACGCCGGCGACUUUCAAAUCCCUGUGAUCCUGCUGCGCGCAUCCCUGGAUGAUCGGCCCCGCUCAUGCCUAAUCAUGGGGAGUGGUCUGGACGGAUCGGCCGAAGAAAUGGUCCAUUUCCAUGGCUUUGCAGCUCUCGAACGUGGGCACCAUGUCAUCCUAUAUGAAGGACCCGGACAAACCAGUGUCCGCCGUGACCAGGGUCUGGGUUUUGUCCACGACUGGGAGAGAGUCGUCAGUCCAAUCGUUGACUGGCUUGAACAUGUCCCGUUCGUCGAUUCGAGCAAAUGUGGCUUGCUCGGCGUUUCCCUGGGUGGUUACCUGGCAGCGCGAGCCGCCAUCGUCGAGCACCGACUUGCCGCCGUCAUCCUCAACGAUGCCAUCUAUGAUUUUUCUGAUGUCCUGGAACAGAUGCUUGGCGUCAAUACGAAGCCGCCGGUGACGUGGACAAUUUUCAUGCCGCGAUGGGCUUUUGCGACAGAGACCAUUCACGAAGCUCUCCAGAAAGCCAGAAAGAUGACGGUUUCCGGCAAGCUGAACAGUGUGCAGUGCCCAGUUUUCGUCGGCGACGCGGAACACGAUCUCUUUGUAAGAUCCGAGCAGCCUCCUUUGGUCGCGCAAGAGUUGGGCAAAUGGGCCACUUACAAAAAGUUCACCAAGGCAGAAGCGGCAGAGGCGCAUUGCCACCUGGGCGCUACCGCCUAUGCGAAUCAAGUCAUGUUGGAAUGGUUUGGGAAACAGGUGGCGGUGGUCGAGUCACAGAGCAUACAUCUCAAGUAG